UGACUGUUCCUCUCCCUGGCCCUGGAGGAGGUUUCAUCAAUGGUAUUUUUUACACGAAUGGAACAGUGCUCUAUGAGUUCAAGAUGGGAUCAACUACCACGGCUGCCAACUCUGCUGUAAUUCACUUUAAGUUGAGCGAAAGUGAUGGAGUUGAUCAGCUGUGGUUUGAUUCUUCUGGAGAGGCGGAAUUAUGUUCGUCUAAUCUGGAGCCGUCCACAAUACCCGAAGCUGUCAUUGUGUACAAUGACACUGACGGACUGCGGGUCAGGAACAUCUUGUUGGAGACUCCUCCCGGUGUUGACUCUUUUCAAGACGGGACUUAUCUUGUCUAUCUGACCGAGCAGCAGAGGUCGUACUACGAGCAGGCUUUAUGCAAGAGGAUUGACCGUACUGGUAGUAACCUACCAGAAUCAGUGGUGUGGGUUUGUGUGGUGCCACAAGUUAUGAUGGAUAAUAAGCCGCCCUCACAUAUAAAGUUGAGGAUGGCACCCUUGAGGCCUAUCGCAUCUGGAGAAGGGCUUGCAUUUACGGAGAUGAUGAGGGAGCUCCUGAGUAUAAACAUGACGUAUCUGGACCCCUGUCUGCUGACUGAUUCAUUUCUACGGGUUAAAUGUAAAAUUGUGGAUGAACAGCCCCGUUGGCACCAUUUAAAAGAAUUGAACUUGACGUCGAGGGGUUUAAAUGGGACACUUAGAGCGAGCAUUACAUCUUUUGCCCACCUCGAACUGCUAGUUCUCACGGACAACGCGCUCCACUUUUCCCUCGAAGCUGUGACAGAGAACAAUACGUCUCCAUCCAUGCCCUCUUUGAGGGAGAUUUAUUUGGGUAAUAAUCGUUUUGGGGAUGGCAAUUUAACUGCAGAGACGUUCCGUCAGCAACUGCAGACAUUGGUGAAUCGGAGUCGUCUGGAGUGUCUACACUUGGAAAAUAAUAACUUACAGAUGUUGGAUUUCAACACAACCUUCUAUGAUUUUGAAAAUCUGACUUAUUUGAAUAUCGCAGGGAAUAACUUUACUGGAGAAGUUGAUGCAGAGCGGUUCAAGGAUACAAAAAUCUGCGUAUGGGCAGGGAAUCAGAACUUGAAGUUGAAUUUUCAUGAAGAUUGGUGUAAACCACCGGAUGCGGGGAGCGCCAGCCAAAAACACGGAAGCCAGGUUUUCAUGUUCAUGGGAAUUGCAGUGGGUGUUGUCCUCGUUAUCACGGGGGCACUGUUUCUUGCACUAUAUACAGUGAGAAAGCCACGUGUAUGUCCGAAGAAAUGCGCUCGGGAAAGGGAAGCACGAGCAGAAGAACCCCUUUGUCAUUUCCUACUGGAAAGUAGGUUCCGUGCGUCGGGCGAGACCAGGCCGGCAGGGGUUGCAAGGCAAGCGUCAAACAAGGCUGCAGGCUUUCUGCGGAAGCCAAGGCUCCAUUUUCAUUCCACAGAAUCCCCAUGGAAGCUCACACUGGAAGACAUUGCAGAUGCCACCAGCUGUUUUGAGACCCUUCUUGCCAAAGGGUCCUUUGGCGAUGCCUUCAAAGGCAUAAUCAACAAGAAUGAUGUGGCUGUGAAAUUCCGUGCAAAGACAUCAUUUGCUGCGGUCAUGAGCAAUUUUCAGAAGGAUUUGGAAAGUAUAACAUCGUUAAACCACGAGAACCUGGCAAAGGUGCUGGGAUUCUGUGACUCGGAGCAUUACCAAUCUCUGGUGAUCGAGUAUUUUCCGAAAGGCUCCCUUGAGGACCAUCUACACGGUACGAAGACGAAGCUGGAGCUAUGGCGCCACAGCCAACAAUUCCCUGUACUUUUGGACGGAAGCGGGGGAGCAAGCAGCGUCUAUGUCGGUUGUUCGUGGGAGAAGAAGAUCAACAAAGAUACGGCCUUUCCGGCCACCGUGGUGCAACUCGAAUGGAGUCACGCCGAUCGCCGGAUGCAGCAAAGUGUUGUAGGCGAACUCGAUGUUGGGGAGGCGGUCAACCCAAUCCUUCUGAUGCGGACGGAUGAGCGUACGAAGCAUCAUUUGAGCGGUUUGAUGUGCGCACUCCGUUUGCCCGUCCGUUUGUGGAUGCUGAGCCGAACUUCGUUUCAUCUUCGUGUCGGAUUCCUACAUGAGAGAAGUCCAGAAUGCCGACAUGAAGCGAGUGUCGUGGUUGCUGACGAUGUCUUCCGGUACGCCGUGGCUGCAAAUCCGGCCGGUGUGCAAGAGGCGCUCAAGUUCGGGAGCAGUGGCGUAGUACUUGCAAGGGAGAAACUGCGCGUACUUACUCAAACGGUCAACGAUCGUGAGGAUGCCGUCGUGCCCGAGGCGGUCGCGGGGAAACGGACCGGUGACGCCCAUGGCAAUGGAGAGGCCGGGUUCCCGCGGGAUAGGCAUCGGGCGCAACUCGCCGUAGGGAUUGCAGUUGCGGGGCUUGCUUCGUCGGCAAACUUCGCAAGAGUCGCAAUACCGAGUGACAUCGGUAAUGGGGUUGGGCCAUCGAAAUCGUUGCCGAAGUCGUGCAAUAGUGCGAUUGACUCCGAAAUGGCCUGCGAGUCGCGAGUCAUGGCACUUGCCGAGAAGGCGAGUCCGAAGACAACGGUCUCGUGGGACACACAAUAAGUCCUCGCCCCGCGAGUGGAGGAGCAAGUACCCGUCGACGAUGCGAUAGUGGCUGGCCGGCGGGUGAUCCGGAGAUAGUUGCGCAUACAACGUGGCGAAAUCCGGAUCG